CCACGCCUCAAUCAAAUCCCCGACUACAUAGCUGACUCAUCACCUGCACAACACACAACACAACCUAAAGCGCUUCCCUCACCACCUCCCUCGGACCCAGCGUCCAACUCACCACCACGAUGCCGGACUCGCCACCUCGGCGACGACGCUCGCGCUCGCGCUCCCCUCGCCGCCAACCCCCCAAAAGCUCAGGCGGCUUCCGAUGGAAGGAAAAGCGUCCCGCCAGAGAUCCCGCCGACGACGCCGACCGCGCCCUCGAUCGCGGAUAUCGCGCCCGCUCACCCCGACGACCAUAUGAUCGUGACGACCGCGACCGUGACCGUGACCGAGACCGAGACCGCAGACCCCGUCGCGAGUACUCCCCCGACCGACCCCGAGACCGGUACCGCGAUAGCGAUCGCCCUCGCGACCGAGACCAAGACCGCGACCGUGACCGUGACCGCGACCGCGCAGCCCCCAAGAAAGACCUCCCCGAGAAAGACAAGAAAGAGAAAAAGGAAAAGAAAGCCAAGAAACUCCGCCCUGCCAGUACCGAGGAAAUGAUGAUUGUGACGGUGAAUGAUCGAUUGGGAAGUAAGGCGACGGUGCCUUGUUUGCCGUCGGAUACGAUUGGGGAUUUGAAGGUGCUGGUGGCGGCGCAGAUUGGUCGCGCGCCGAGAGAGAUUAUGUUGAAGCGGCAGGGGGAGAGACCGUUUAAGGAUUUUAUUACGUUGGGGGAUUACAGUAUUCAGAAUGGGGUGCAGUUGGAUUUGGAGAUUGGGACGGGGGAUUAGGGUGGUACUUGGGUUUGGUUUGGU